AUGAUCUUCUGGAGAAAAUUUAAUUAUAAAAAAACUGCAGUACUCAAUUUCAUACAUCUGUAAAUCCUUCAUCUUUCCAUUAAUUGUAAUGCUUAUCACAAUUAUCAAGACAUCCACAACAUCUUUCUUUACAAGGGUACCAUAUAAAUCCCAAACAUUCUCGUAUACAUGUACAAACAGCCAAACAACAAGUGUAGACAGCCUUAAUAUAGAGAUAGAUUNCAAACUCAAUUAACUUUAUCAGUAGCUAGCAUAAUUAUUACUAGAGGACUAAUCUCAAAUUUAACAAGUAAUUGUAUGCCUUAUUUAUUCUACAAAUAUUUAAAAUGGGGUUUAAAAGGUUAAUUUGAUAAAUUUCAUAACUUUUGUAAAGAUUUCAAAAUUUCUGAAAUGUAAUAUGUAGAUGAAAAGUUAAACCUUGAAGAUUAGAUUAAAUUUAUGUAAAUAAUGGAGGAUAGCCAUAAUAAAUAACCAUAAAAGGAACUAUAUAAUGAGUAUACAAGUAUAGCCAUUCAAUUUGGAUAUACAACAAUGUUUUCCCCUGCCUUUGCUGCUGCUCCACUUUUUUUUCUGUUAAAUCAAUACAUCAACCUUCAAUUCUCCAUUUACAAUUAUUAAAAAGUGCUAAAAAGAGAGGUAAGAUAUUACAUUACUAAAGAGAGCUUAAGCUGCUGAUUCAAUUGGAAUUUGGCUAUCCAUUUUUGAGAUUAUGAAUUAUUGUUCUACCUUCAUGAAUUGCAUAGUGAUUGGAAUCGUAAAUAAAUCUGAAUUUGAAAAAUUGAUUGGGGAUACUGAUCCCUUAUUUCAAGCCUUAGUUCUUGCAGCUAUAGAACAUAUUUUAUUACUUAUUAAAUAUAUACUUGGAGCUGCAAUUCCUGAUUGUCCUUAUUGGGUAUCGAAAGAAUUAAGGAAAUAUGCAUUUCUAGAAGGAAAGAGUGCUAAAAUUCAUGAAGACAGUCAAAUUACUUUCUGA